UAGUGCACAAUAUAAAAUAUACAAAAAAAGACACAUUUGUCACUUUUCCAAGUUUUUAUACAUUUUUUUAUAUUUUGAAGCAGCAAUACUUAAUAUGGACGUAAUGGGAUACACUGUUUUGCAAGAUGAGUCAUUACCUGGCUUCCUAAAAGGGAGACCGCAGAUGGCCAUGUGCCUGGCGUGUGCCGGGGCACUGCUCAUGAUCACCGCCCUGUCGAUAACCAUCGGCAUCUUCAUCGGGUACACGUACUGCUACAUCGAACAUAAGUCUGGAGUUAUAAACGCAAAUAUCACACGCACCAACGUAAAAAUCAUCCCAAUGCACUCAUUCGAGUAUCACGACAACAAGAGCAGGACCAUCAACGAUGCCAUCCUGAACAACUACUUCUUCUCCAAACUCCUGAGGGUCACCGGUGUGCGAGAGGCACCAGCUCUAACCUGGCCAGAACAGACAGAAAAAAAGCUUACUGAGACCACUGCCUGAAUGUAACAUUUCAAAAAC